AAAUAUUCACUGGGCACCUAUGAUGGAAGCACCGACAAACUUCUCGAAUAAUCCAACAUUUUCUACAACAAUGAACGAUGAGGAGUCGGUUAGCGGAAGCUCUAGUAGCCGAGUUAGCAUGAACGGUGCCGGUGACGCUGUGUGGAUAUUAACAAGUGCAUUCAUCAUCUUUACGAUGAUUUCUGGAUUUGGCCUUGUAGAAUCUGGUAAGUUGUAUUAAUCAUUACUAGUUUUCCCUGAUCGUGGCUGUAAUCUCUCUUUUUUUAUUUCAAACGUUCUCGAAUGAGAAGCGUUCAUUGAAUGUACAGCACCUCGACACCUCGAACUUGCUUAUACAUAUUUGGUUUACAAUUUUUUUGCUUAAAACUUUCCUGUUUCGUAGGCGAUAUGUUCCUCUAAACUCUGAAAUAUGGUAAUUCAUUUUUCGAUACUUUUCCGGCUUCAACAUUUCCUCGACCAACACUUGUAGACAUAAAAACACCAAAAAUUGAAGAAACUGUGCAACGCAAUUAAUCGAGUGAAUGUAAAGUUUUUCAAAAUACGCGUCUGGCUUUUCUCCUUUUUCAUCGCGUAUUUUAAAAUUUUGACAUUCACUCGAAGUAAAUAACAUCCAUGGUUCUCGAAAAAUAGUAACUUAUUAAAGGGCCAAUAUUUGGCAUGUUGAAAAAUACAAGAAAAUUUUCUUGAUUUUUACAUUUCAUAUUAUAUUUAUCAUGAUAAUCAUCCAUUUUCCCGUGCAAAUUCAUAUGUUGCCUGUAAUUUAUUAGCAAUACCUAUUUACCAAAAGACAAGGUAAUUUAUAUCCAGAUUUACUUUUCUUACUGAUGAUUGUGUCACAUAAUCAUAUCCCAAUACUCGUUCAAAAUAUUUUCCCUUUUCUGAUUGGCUUAAGUCCCCCAGCCAGCAAGUGUGGACCAAAUUUGGAAAAAAGGGUGUAAAACCAUCAUAUCAGUGCGAUUGACGUCAUUCGUAGUGAUAUCGAUAGGAAAAGGGGAAGUCUGACGUCAUGCAAAGAGGCAGUGGCUCGGAAGACAAAAAUAUCCCUUGCAGAUGACAACCGCGAUGAAAAAUAUCUAUUAGAUUAAACAUCCCUUCAUGUGGAACAGGCAAAUGGCAAAUCGAUCUGUACUUACAAAUUUACCGUAAAAAUGAAUUAAAUACUAACUUACUUGCAUUUUCUUUUUUCCCUUUGGAGCUUAGCCUAAUAGCUGAUGUUACAUCAUCUGAUAUGCUUGUAUCCUUAGGUAUGGUCUCUAGGAAGAACGAAGCAAACAUUAUGGUAAAAAACGCAGUGGAUGUGAUAUUUGGUGGUUUAGGUUUCUGGAUGUUCGGCUUUGCGUUUACUUUUGGAAAUGACCGUGGUGUGAACGCGUUCUCUGGAUUCGGAAACUUUUUUACGGACGCAGAAGAGACACGCAUGGGAGAGGUGUUCGCUCUUUACUGCUUCCAAGCUUCGUUUGCGACAACAGCAACAACCAUAGUGUCGGGUGCAGUCGCUGAGAGAAUGAACUUGAAAGCCUACAUUAUCUUUGCUUUUACAAACACCCUGACAUAUUGCUUCCCAGCCCACUGGGUGUGGGGAGAAAAAGGCUGGUUAAAGGAAAUGGGUGUGAUUGACAUGGGAGGAGCAAGUCCGGUUCACCUGGUGGGAGGGGUNCCGUAAAAAUGAAUUAAAUACUAACUUACUUGCAUUUUCUUUUUUCCCUUUGGAGCUUAGCCUAAUAGCUGAUGUUACAUCAUCUGAUAUGCUUGUAUCCUUAGGUAUGGUCUCUAGGAAGAACGAAGCAAACAUUAUGGUAAAAAACGCAGUGGAUGUGAUAUUUGGUGGUUUAGGUUUCUGGAUGUUCGGCUUUGCGUUUACUUUUGGAAAUGACCGUGGUGUGAACGCGUUCUCUGGAUUCGGAAACUUUUUUACGGACGCAGAAGAGACACGCAUGGGAGAGGUGUUCGCUCUUUACUGCUUCCAAGCUUCGUUUGCGACAACAGCAACAACCAUAGUGUCGGGUGCAGUCGCUGAGAGAAUGAACUUGAAAGCCUACAUUAUCUUUGCUUUUACAAACACCCUGACAUAUUGCUUCCCAGCCCACUGGGUGUGGGGAGAAAAAGGCUGGUUAAAGGAAAUGGGUGUGAUUGACAUGGGAGGAGCAAGUCCGGUUCACCUGGUGGGAGGGGUGGCGGGGCUAGUUGCCACUAUGAUGUUGAAGCCUCGAGUCGGAAGAUUCAAAAACGAUGCAGGCGGUAAAUCUUUAAGACAUAACAUGGGAUGUCCAACUAACGUUUUACUUGGUAGGUUUCGUCCUUUACCGUCUGUAAACAUUAUGAUUUAACACGGCGUGAUUAGCCUGUUCCAGGCUGCAAGAUAGCUCGUGCAGUAAAAAAUGAUGCGAAAAGUGGGGGCUGGGGAGAGUUCUCUUCUCCAGAUCGCGCGCGUGCUAUCUUCGCUUGAGUUGUUUUAUUUUCGCGAGUCCCUACUACCUAGGUGCCCGACACUGACACCAGGAUGAUAUUUAGUCCCAACAUAUCGGCCACUUUACGCGCUAAGAAGGAUUAACCGGGCCAAUUUUUAACCUAAAGGGUCUCGCAGAGAUGAAAUCGGCCUAGAAAACAGGUCCAUUGUCGCCCUCACCAUACGUUUCCCGGACAAAUGACUAUACUUAUCGACUAGCUUUGACUGCUUCAACACGUCAGGUAAAAAACAAAUUGAAUUACCUCCUGAUGACCUUUGCAACUUAAUCUCCGUAUUUAGACAAAAAGUUGUGCCUAAAAUGCCCUUGCGACCCUUUUUGUUCUCGUUUACUGAACACCUCUCCUAUUUUGGUUAACUUUACUUUUCAUUUUUUUGUGUUCUGACUUUUGUUAUUUUAAUAAUUAUGCACAAGUUAACUACGAUACUUUUUUCACUGUUAUUAAUUACUUUUACAUGUAGGUAUGUUUAUGCUUUGGUGGGGCUGGCUGGGUUUUAACUGUGGCAGCACUUUUGGGGUCAGCGGUGGUAAAUGGAAACUUGCUUCACGGUCAGCGGUGUGUACCAUAAAUGCCUCUUGUGGUGGCGGAAUGUUUGCUACAUUCUACAGCUACUUUAAAUGCAACAGGUAAUUUUUUUUUCAUCAAUUAAUAGUUUCCAUAACAGCGUACAAAAAUUUCGAUGCAAAAUUUUAUUAAUGAGCAAGAGGCCAAAAAUAGACCUCUGAAAGCCUCGCUAGCCUCCCUUUCGCGCAGCUAGACCCAGGCCGUUCGAGAGGUCCGCCAUAUUUGCAUUUGUUGUAUUGUCUCUUGUAAUAAGAAAAAACUCUGACCAACCAAGAAACAAGAUAAAGAAACAAAAUAAAACAGCAAGGAAGAAACUCGAACACAAACCCUGUAAGUAAAUAUUUGUGUAGCACUCGCUACAGGGCGUUGAAGGGGGUCGUGUUCUUGUCUUACCGAUGAGUAUCAACAAGAAAGGAACCGCUGUUCAUGGCUGCCAUUGUGCGGGUGAUCAUGGUUGGGCACAAGAGAGGGUAUUGACUAUACCACGGGUUUAGUGUGUUCCUUGCUCUUUGGUUCUGUUAUCAUUGAGAACUAUCAAAUGAAUGCGAAUGACAUUCAAGCCACGCAGAAGGUCGCUUAUUUCUUCUCAUUACCAUAGAAACGGCUAUACUUAGUAAGAAUUUCUUCUGCAGGUUGGACAUUCCUUUCUUUAUGGCGGGUAUACUUGGUAGCCUGGUCAGCAUCACAGCCAUUUGUGGGGGCGUGAGGCCUGGGGAGAGUUUAGCUAUUGGUUUCAUUGGUUCAGCUAUUGCCAUCUUUGGCUGGCAAGUUCUCAACAAAUUCCACAUCGAUGAUCCUGUCGGCGCAGUCUCCACCCACGCGGGUGGUUCAAUAUGGGGAAUGAUAGCUGUUGGCCUGUUUGUAGAGAAAGACAGCCUUCAGAGGCCAUUUUCAUCAACAUAUGGUGCUUUCAAGGGAGGCCAUGUUAGAAUACUGGGAGUACAGCUGUUGGCAUGUGUGGCCAUUACUGCAUGGACUCUUGUUACUGUUACAAUACAACUUGUUAUCAUUGACAAGUCUGUAGGGCUCAGAUUGUCGCUGAAGGAGGAAAUACUUGGAGCGGACGCUUGUGAACAUGGAAUCGACCAAUCGCAGAUAAAUGCUGAGUGUCAUUUGAAGCCAGUUCCUGCUUUGCAAAAUAAAGUGGUCCCAGAGCAGACAGGUGAGAGACUAUCUUUGCUUUUACAAACACCCUGACAUAUUGCUUCCCAGCCCACUGGGUGUGGGGAGAAAAAGGCUGGUUAAAGGAAAUGGGUGUGAUUGACAUGGGAGGAGCAAGUCCGGUUCACCUGGUGGGAGGGGUAGCGGGGCUAGUUGCCACUAUGAUGUUGAAGCCUCGAGUCGGAAGAUUCAAAAACGAUUUAGGCGGUAAAUCUUUAAGACAUAACAUGGGAUGUCCAACUAACGUUUUACUUGGUAGGUUUCGUCCUUAACCGUCUGUAAACAUUAUAAUUUGACAUGGCGUGAUUAGCCUGUUCCAGGCUCUAAGAUAGCUCGUGCAGUAAAAAGUGAUGCGAAAAGUGGGGGCUGGGUGAGGAGAGUUCUCUUCUCCAGAUCUCGCGCGUGCUAUCUUCGCUUGAGUUGUUUUAUUUUCGCGAGUCCCUACUACCUAGGGGCCAGACACUGACUACAGGGUGAUAUGUAGUCCCAACAUAUCGGCCACUUUACGCACUAAGAGGGAUUAACCGGGCCAAUUUUUAACCUAAAGGGUCUCGCAGAGAUGAAAUCGGCCUAGAAAACAGGUCCAUUGGCGCGUUCACCAUACGUUUCCCGGACAAAUGACUAGACUUAUCGACUAGCUUUGACAGUUUCAACACGUCACGUAAAGAAAAAUUGAAUUACCUUCUGAUGACCUUUACAACUUAACCUCCGCAUUUAGACAAAAAGUUGUGCCUAAAAUGCCCUUGCGACCCUUUUUGUUCUCGUUUACUGAACUCCUCUCCUAUAUUUUGGUUCACUUUACUUUUCAUUUUUUUGUUUUCUGACUUUUGUUAUUAUGCACAAGUUAACGACGAUACUUUUUUCACUGUUAUUAAUUACUUUUUCGUGUAGGUAUGUUUAUGCUUUGGUGGGGCUGGCUGGGUUUUAACUGUGGCAGCACUUUUGGGGUCAGCGGUGGUAAAUGGAAACUUGCUUCACGGUCAGCAGUGUGUACCAUAAAUGCCUCUUGUGGUGGCGGAAUGUUUGCUACAUUCUACAGCUACUUUAAAUGCAACAGGUAAUUUUUUUUCAUCAAUUAAUAGUUUCCAUAACAGCGUACAAAAAUUUCGAUGCAAAAUUUUAACAAUGAGCAAGAGGCCAAAAAUAGAACUCUGGAGGCCUCGCUAGCCUCCCUUUCGCGCAGCUAGACCCAGGCCGUUCGAGAGGUCCGCCACAUUUGUAUUUGUUGCAUUGUCUCUUGUAAUAAGAAAAAACUCUGACUAACCAAGAAACAAAAUAAAUCAGCAAGGAAGAAACUCGAACACAAACUCAGUAAGUAAAUAGUUGUGUAGCAGUCGCUUCGACAGUAAAGGGCAAGUACACAGGGCGUUGAAGGGGGUCGUGUUCUUGUCUUACCGAUGAGUAUCAACAAGAAAGAAACCGCUCUUCAUGGCUGCCACUGUGCGGUGAUCAUGGUUCGUCGCAAGAGAGGGUAUUGGCUAUACCACGGGUUUAGUGUUUUCCUUGAUGUUUUGUUCUGUUACCAUUGAGAACUAUCAAAUGAAUGCAAACGACAUUCAAGCCACGCAGAACGUCGCUUAUUUCAUCUCAUUACCAUAGAAACGGCUAUACUUAGUAAAAAUUUCUUCUGCAGGUUGGACAUUCCUUUCUUUAUGGCGGGUAUACUUGGUAGCCUGGUCAGCAUCACGGCCAUUUGUGGGGUCGUGAGGCCUGGGGAGAGUUUGGCUAUUGGUUUCAUUGGUUCAGCUAUCGCCAUCUUUGGCUGGCAAGUUCUCAACAAAUUCCACAUCGAUGAUCCUGUCGGCGCAGUCUCCACCCACGCAGGUGGUUCAAUAUGGGGAAUGAUAGCUGUUGGCCUGUUUGUAGAGAAAGACAGCCUUCAGAGGCCAUUUUCAUCAACAUACGGUGCUUUCAAGGGAGGCCAUGUUAGAAUACUGGGAGUACAGCUGUUGGCAUGUGUGGCCAUUACUGCGUGGACUCUUGUUACUGUUACAAUACAACUUGUUAUCAUUGACAAGUCUGUUGGGCUCAGAUUGUCGCUGAAAGAGGAAAUACUUGGAGCGGACGCUUGUGAACAUGGAAUCGACCAAUCGCAGAUAAAUGCUGAGUGUCAUUUGAAGCCAGUUCCUGCUUUGCAAAAUAAAGUGGUCCCAGAGCAGACAGGUGAGAGACUGGAAAGUGCAGAACAAGGAUUUAACGACAACAAUGGGAACCAAAUCGAUGACACUGAGUUGGUAGAUUAUCAAGAAUCUUAUGAUGAAAUAGCAAGCGAUGGCGUUCUACAAAGAAAUGCAGAUAUCCCAGGCAUCAUCCAGUCUACCCAAGAUGGAUGCAAACCAGACGAUAACGGCGACAUUUCAACUGAUUCUAGUAGAAAGAGGUGGAGAAGAGCUCUUGAAUCCACAACAGAACUUAGUACCUUUCACAGCAUGGGCAGUGAAGAGCAAAGGAAAGCAAGGAGCUCAUUCUCGCCUUUUAGAAGAAAAACGCCUGUAAUUAUAACUCUAACGCCGGCGAAUGAUGAUCGUGCAUACAGGCUAAGUGUUGGUGACUUGAAAAAUUUCCGGAAGCAGUGA